UUUUAUGAAUCCCCCCAUUAGACAUGAUAUGACAGAUGGCGGGGUGAGAUUGAGUAUGUUGCCACAUAGUUUGACACGUAAGCAUCCUCUCCAAUUGGCAACGAAUAUAUUGUUCCCUCUUAGAAAGAACUACUGAAGCUUAAUCAACGAAUGUGGCAUUAAAAAGAAAUACUUAAGAAAUGUGAGCCAACAGAGAAUCUAAGUUUCGUGUCUUUGCCUUGAAUUUGAAGCACUCUUUACAACCCCACAAAACCCUUUGGAACAGACUGACUUACAAGAAAAGAACCUCAAAACCCUUAAAAUCCCAUCUAUAAGACCAACCCACCUAAUGAAACACAUGUUUGUGUCCAAUUUUUCCUGCAUUUCAUUUUAGGAGCCCUAAAAAAUCCUGAACUCCCAAGUCCAUCAAAUGGCUAGUGCUCAGUUAAAACCUGUUGCAACCCUGCUUUUGGCCCUUAACUUCUGCAUGUAUGUCAUAGUUUUGGCCAUUGGUGGAUGGUCAAUGAACAAAGCUAUUGAUCAUGGUUUCAUCAUUGGUCCGGGAUUUGAUCUUCCGGCACACUUCUCACCAAUAUACUUCCCAAUGGGGAAUGCUGCAACUGGAUUCUUCGUACUAUUUGCUUUGCUUGCGAGUGUUGUUGGCGUUGCAUCAGUCAUCUCUGGAUUCCACCACAUUCGUAUUUGGAGCUCUGAUAGCUUCCCAGCUGCUGCUUCUGCUGCCACAAUAGCAUGGACUCUCACUCUCCUUGCUAUGGGCUUUGCCUGGAAAGAGAUUGAUCUGCACACCAGGAACGCGCGUCUGAGAACAAUGGAAGCAUUCAUGAUUAUCCUUUCGGUUACUCAGUUUCUAUACAUAGCUGCCAUUCAUGGCGCUCCAUCAAGUCAAAUUUGAGGGUUGAGGCACAUUGUUUGUGUGUUGGUGUGGUUUGCCUUUAAUUUGUUUGCCCAUUUUAUUUUCUUCUAUUCAUACUGUACAGAGGGAAUUGGCUGCGAUGAUUCGUGUGAUAUAUAUAUACAUAUAUAUAUAAUUGUAUUUGUAGGAAGGAACAAUAAUGAAAAGAAAAGAAGUGAUGUAUGAAGAUUAUGAUUGAAAUGAGCAUUUGAAUUUGUUUGCACAAAAA